CGGCACUCACCACCAAACCACCCAUGUCGAUUCCGUGACCGAUUCGUUUCCCGAGACGUAAACUACACAUAGAAAACAAAUAAAUACUGAAGUUAUACUGGGAGGCUGUGGAAUGGGAGGAACUACGGAGAACAUCAUACUCCAAACCGACUCCUAUAAGGUGUCUCACUACAAGCAGUAUCCACCUGGCACAACUGCGCUGUGGGGCUAUUUUGAGAGUAGGGGAGGAAAGUUUCCAACCACUGUUUUCUUUGGCUUACAGUAUAUUCUAAAAAGAUGGCUGGUGGGCCCAGUUCUGAAUAAGCAGAUGAUCCGAGAAGCAGCAGAAUUCUAUAAACUUCACUUUGUUCAAGAAGUGUUCAAUGAAGAAGGUUGGACAUAUAUUUGGGAGAAAUAUAAAGGCUACCUACCACUGAGGGUGCGAGCCGUCCCUGAAGGAUCUGUAAUACCAACAAAAAACAUUCUAUUCUCAGUGGAGAGCACAGAUCCGCAAGUGCCAUGGCUGACAACAUGGUUCGAGACGAUCUUCGUGCAAGUCUGGUACCCGAUGUCGGUCGCGACGGUGUCUCGCGCACAGAAGGAGAUAAUCGCCAAGUACCUGUAUGAGACUGCUGACAGCCUAGAUGGCAUCGAACUCAAGCUUCACGACUUCGGCUGCAGAGGCGCCACCUGCAUUGAGGCUGCAGGCAUCGGUGGCUGCGGACACCUCGUGAACUUUAUGGGGUCGGACACGGUGCCGGCACUGGUGUGCGCCCGCAAGUACUAUGGAUGUCAGAUGGCAGGCCACUCACUCCCAGCCACCGAACACAGCACGGUGACGGCGUGGGGGCGGGACGGCGAGGUGAGAGCCUACCGCAACUUGCUGGCGAGGUUUCCAUCGGGUCUGGUGGCGUGCGUCAGCGACAGCUACGACGUGUACCGCGCGUGCGAGAAUCUGUGGGGCGAGCAGCUUCAUGAGGCUGUCGUCGCGAGAGACGGCAGCGGCUUGCUCGUGAUACGACCCGACUCCGGCGAUCCACUCACCGUCGUGCUGAAGGUUCUGGAGAUUCUUGGCUCAAAGUUUGGUUCCACAAAGAAUAGCAAAGGCUACAAAAUGUUGCCUAGAUACAUCAGAGUCUUGCAGGGUGAUGGAAUCACUCAUGAGACCAUAGGAGAUGUUCUAGAAGGCUUGAAGGUGAACGGGUGGAGCACAGACAACCUGGUGUUUGGUGAAGGUGCCGGCCUCUUGCAGAAGGUCGAUAGAGACACGCAGAAGUGUGCUUUCAAGAUCAGCCAUGCAAUGGUUGGCGGAAGUUCGGUGAACGUGUACAAGGACCCAGUCACCGAUAAGGGGAAGAUGUCGAAGAAGGGAAAGCUAACACUGGAGCUGAGAGGUGAUGAGUAUGUCACCGUACAGGAAGGGAAGGGCGACCCCUCCAAGGACGUGCUGGUGACCGUCUUUGAGAACGGACGGCUGCUGAAAGAGUACACACUACAGGAGAUCCGUGUGCGUGCAGAGGUCGCGCUCGUGAAGCGAGCCAAGGUCAACAACGCUGCAUGACCCAUCACACCAUCUGUCGUGACAUUAGACACAUGAAUGGAUGUAUUAGUUCACGUGUUAACACCGCGUGAAUGAUCGGUCGAUACGAGGCAAAUAUACAUGUUACGUACAAGUACUGCUUGUCAUUGUAGGUGGCGCUUCGUUUGUUAAGAGUCAAAUGACUGUCAGUGGCAGGAAUAGCAGGGACCUGAGUACUAUGCAUUUUCUAUAAGCACGCCAAGUGGGGGCUUUAUAUAAUAGCAAUAUUACAUUGCGUCUUGUAACUCCUAUAUUUUUUGGCAACUUGAGGAACGCACAUUUAUACAUUCUUUAGCUUAUUUUAUACCACUUGAAUGCAUCAUUUUGCAUCCGUUUAUGCUAAUAUGCUUAUGUUCAUUGUCAUGUCCUCGUUCUUAUAAGCUAGAUACGACCUUGUAUGAUUUUCUUGAUCUCGUUCGUAUUAUCUCGUGAUCUCGUUAUUCGUAUUGAUCUCGUUCCCCUCCACCACAUGCACACUCCUUAGUACUAUGCUAUCUACAGUGAUCUCACACCGAUGUCAUUGGGUGUGUUAAUUUUGUCUAGUCUGCUUUAUAUGUGCUUUUUAUUAUGUUGUCAGCACCUGGUAGCCAUGUCAUGUUAGACAUUGUAAAUCUUAAAGGGACAGUAGCCUCUAGGAUUUUACUGCAUACAACUGUACUUACUGUAUAACAAAUCAUCUAUA